CACCAUACAGCAGCAUGUCAACACACUCUCAUGUUGAGAAGAAUAAGAAACAGUUAAAGGAAUCGGACAAUCUAUUUUCUGGACUUAAAGAUCUUGGGCAUCAGCGAGACCAACUCUGAAGUGAACCGCUUAUCCAAAAAGUUGUUUAUAUCAUAACCAAACAUAGAAAUGGGAAGAAUACAUAUCUGCGUAAAACGGACGUUCAUUUUCGUCUGUGUCUUGAUCGGGAUCAUCAGCACCCUCUUGCUGGCCAUCACAUUAUUUGGACAUGGGUACUUCCACCAAUCAGAAGAAAUAGAGGAGAUGCUGCCAGGGAUAGUAGUUCUGUAUGUCCUAGAAGCAGCAACCCUGGUCCUGUCACUCUUUGGGGUCUAUGGCGCUCGGAAGGAGAAGAAAUGGACUGUGGUUCUGUUUUCUGUAGGUAUGUCACUGGCCAGCCUAUACCUGUUUGCGGAGUGUGUGAAAGCAUAUUCAAGCAAACACGAGAUGGAGGAGUUAACCAGAGAGGAACAUCUGGCGAUGAUGCCUCUGAGUGGAGCGAAACAAAAAGAUAUAGAAACGAUAUACAACAUACAGACUAACUUCAAAUGCUGUGGGCUCCUACAAGGCUACCAAGACUGGGGAACAGACAUCCCCCUCUCCUGUCUCUGUUCUGAUGAGGACUCAGCAGACUUUACAUGUGUUGCUCCUGGUAACAAUACAAGAUAUGUUAUUCACUAUCCCAACAGUGAUGUGUCUGAGGAUGAUGACCACAAGGGAUUAACGGAUGAACACAUGCUGGUAUAUAAAGAGCCAUGUCUUCCCAUCCUGAUCUCUGAAGUAACAUUUAUAAUGAACCUGUUAAUAUGAAUAUUAACAGCACCUAGUGUUAUCGAUCAGAUUCAUCACUUUGGCCGAUUUGCUGCUCGGCAGAGGGCGCCGCCAUCUUUCUUCUGUGUCUCUUCCACGUCAACAGCACGCAGAUGUAAACACAGCACCUAAAACAGCCGUCACCGUCUAUACACCCCCUCUAGUGGUGGCAGUUAGUACUACGGGACCUGUCACGGGUAAACACUUCGGACAUUUCCAACUACGACACAAUCCACGCUUCCUUCACUCCUCCAUUCAUUGGUUCAUGUAACCAGUGAUAUCAUAAGUGGAGUGGUGAUAGCUUCAGACAAUUUACCGUAGAUGUGUUAUUUCAGUGAUUACUAAAGGGAAUUAGGAAGGAUGUUUUCAAAACAAGACCCUCUUCAGUGUUGAGUGUCAUGUUGACAAUCAAGACCUCACAGGAAACAACUGGACAUACUGUAUGUGCUCAGUUAUGUAGUACUCUCCAGCAUUUCAAACCUACUGUAAAAUAACUAUGCACACCUAUCCUCGUUGGUUGGCCCUCGCUUCAUACUCGCCGCCAAACCCACUGGCUACAGGUUAUCUACAAGUCUCUGCUAGGUAAAGCCCCGCCUUAUCUCAGCUCACUGGUCACCAUAGCAGCACCCACUCGUUGCACACGCUCCAGCAGGUAUGUCUCACUGGUCCCCCCCAAAGCCAAUUCUUCCUUUGGUCAUCUUUCCUUCCAGUUCUCUGCUGCCAAUGACUGGAACGAACUGCAAAAAUCACUGAAGCUGGAGACUCAUAUCUCCCUCACCUGCUUUAGGCACCAGCUGUCAGAGGAGCUCACAGAUCACUGCACCUGUACACAGCCCAUCUAUCUACCUACCUCAUCCCCAUACUGUAUUUAUUUAUUUAUCUUGCUCCUUUGCACCCCAGUAUCUCUACUUUCACAUUCAUCUUCUACACAUCUACCAUUCCAGUGUUUAAUUGCUAUAUUGUAAUUACUUCGCCACCAUGACCUAUUUAUUGCCUUAACUCCCUUAUCUUACCUCAUUUGCACUCACUGUAUAUAGACUUUUUGUUUUGUUCUACUGUAUUAUUGACUAUGUUUUGUUUAUUCCAUGUGUAACUCUGUGUUGUUGUAUGUGUCAAAUUUCUAUGCUUUAUCUUGGCCAGGUCCCAGUUGCAAAUGAGAACUUGUUCUCAACUAGCAUACCUGGUUAAAUAAAAUAAAUA